AUGCCGCUACUGGUGCAGUCCAUGGUUGUCGUUGGCAUGUGGGUCGAAGACCUGCCGAAUACAAGGUCAGCAGCGAUUGAUCUUCAUAAAACGCUGAACACAGCUAUCUAUCAACAAAGGGAGAAAUGGGAUGCCUCUAUCGCGGAGAACGUGUCUAGUAUGUGCACAUGGCCUAUUCCAAUGUACCAGGCUAUUCUUUUGCACAUCAUAUUUGCGUUCAUAAGCAAAAAGCCCAUCAGUCUGGGUCUUGAUCUAAAACCUUCGCUUCAGCCCGCUGAUUCUGAUCUUCUGGCUGCAUUGGUGCGAAGUUGCAGAAGACUGGGCAUGCUUCAGUAUGCAAACAUCCUAGCGCGAUACAAGCCAGGCGAUCUUGCCUCAUAUGUUUGGGUAGGAGUAGAGGAGGUGAAACGAUUCAAUCUAGCGCUAUUCCAGCUGUGCAGGCGCGUAAGCUCCGAGAAGCAGAGUACUAAUGUGGAAGGAGAUGGUCCUCCCGCGCCAACCAGCUGGCUGCUCACUUCACAUGAACUAGAGUUUCCGGUGCCGAAAAACGAUGCCCUCUGGAAUGCCAAAGAUAGGAAGGAGUGGAUGGAUGCUACUAAUAAUAUGCAAAACAUUGGCUUGGCCAAUGUCAUGGAGUCAGAGUGGAUUGCAAAAUCAGCAGAACCAUUGCUGCUUACAUGA